AACGCAGCUAAAACCAAACCAAAUUCAAUUCAUGGUUUGUAGUGACGAAUUGUUGAAUUAGCUAUUAUAUUUAGUGGAAUUCAACGCCUUUAGAUACAAUAAGUGAAUCGAAUAAGUUGUAUUCUAGUAAUUAAUAUCGAUAGAAUAAUGACGGACGUUGCGAAAAAGGUGCAGGAGUACAAAGAUUCUCUCAAGCAGAAGGCCGAGCAUUUAAUAAUAAAAGGCUUCCCCGAGAAGAUAGUGAAGUUGAAUGAACUUCUGGAAACGUCAAAUUUCCAAAAUCGAGAUUUCGCUGAUGUUCAUCAGGACCUAAACAUUCCAGUACCCCCGCCAGCCGCCUCCCAAACUGAACCACAAGCCAAGAGACCCAGGGUGGACUCCUCAGAGACAUCCAGUCACUCGAGCUUCGACGGGACUAGAGUAUAUGCGCUGCCAAAUGGCUCUGUUCCAUGUAACAAGCCUCUCAGCGACCUCAUACAUCUUGUUAAACCACACAUUCGGGAGCUUGUUGAAGACUCCAAUUUGUUGAAAAUGUGGAUCUCGUUCAUGAUCCCAAAGAUCGAAGACGGCAACAACUUCGGCGUGUCAAUACAAGAGGACACGUUAGCGGAGAUACAGUCGGUCGAGUCCGAGGCCGCGGCUUUCUUCGACCAGAUCUCGCGGUACUUCAUCUCGAGGGCGAAGAUUGUCUCCAAAGUGGCCAAGUAUCCACAUAUUGAUGAUUAUAGAAGAGCUGUUAGAGAACUGGACGAGAAGGAGUACCUGUCCCUGUGGCUGGUGAUGUGCGAGAUCCGCAACCGCUACUGCUCGCUGCACGACAUCGUCAUCAAGAACCUCGAGAAAAUCAAGAAACCCCGCUCGUCUAACGCCGAGAGCCUGUACUAAACAUAAAUAGGCGCACACGUUUUGUAUGACGUUUUUUGAACGGUUAUUGAGCGUGUAAUGUUUCCUAUAGUAAGAUAUUUUGCAACUCCAAAUAAUGUCAUGAGAGAGAAACAUAGUUUAUUUUGCUAUAUGGGUUUCUCUGGCCCCAAUAUUUUACUUACUCCAUCUAACCUUAUGCAACAUGUUUUUGUACAAAACAGAGCACUCCUUCAUGUCAUUUUGUCUCACUCAGUGAGCAAAAUCGCAUUUCGUUGUCUGUUUUUAAGCAGCAAAGUAGUGUUCGAGCUGCUUAGGUGAAAAAUAAUUUGUCUAUGUCCACUACUAGUCCAUUCUAAUAUUAUAUAUUGGAAAUCUAAGAAUAAGAAAAUCAACUAAAUGUCAAGUCAAAUUUAAAUGUAAGUACCUUAUUUGCAUAAUAAAGGCAAUGCAUUACUUUUCUAUAGUGAGAGACGCAACAUGAAUGUUUGGGCUAAUAAUGCAACGUGAAUUACAUCAGUAGUCAUAUUUGCAAGAAUCAUAUUGUAGGAAACAUUACACGAUUAUGUAAAAAAAGGGUUAGAUAAAACCAUUUAGUCACAUAAUGUAAUGAUGCAAGAUUUUCAAUAUAAUAUCAAGCCGUCUUAUUUUUUAUUCACUGAUUUGCCUUUCAGUACAAAUUGACAUUAUUUUUACCGCUCAAAACAAUAAUUAUACUUACUUAAUUUUACUAUAAUUAUACAGUAAAAUUCUGGACCCUUUCGUCAAUGAUUCUUACAAAAUUAUUGCAAAAAGUUACCUUUGCAAUAAUUUUAUUAUUACAAAGUGUUACCUUUACAAUGAUUUUGUAAGGGUUGCUCACCCAAGGGGUGUAGAAUUUUACUAUCUCUGUCUGCUGGCUGUAUCUCUUGAAUUUAACACAGUUGAAAUUUUAAGUGAAAAAAAGGGUCCCUAGAUAUGAAUUUGAGGAUUUUUUGUGUUGAAUGAUUUUAUGGAACCCUCAAUUAUAUGUGAUACAAACACUUGGCUGGUUAUUAUAUUUUGGAACGAAACAAUUUUAAAUUGUGUUAAAAAUACCCAUUCAUUUAAUAAAGAGUGGACGCGUAGCACGAGAAAUUUGGUACAUUGACCCGCCUGUACCUAUCUCUAUUGCACGCGCAUAAUUAUAUUGCUGCCCGCGCGCACAGUGUCAUUGAACCAGGUAUGUUGCGGAUGCAGAUUUUUUGACAUCCGCGGAUGCGGAUAAUAAAGGCUCACAUCCGCGGAUGCGGAUGUCAAGAUUAGAUACUUAAAAACACGUCAAAUAUUACAUUUUAGUAGUUUUUGAUCAAAAAAGCGAAACUUUAGUAUUUGAGCAAGAAUAUAGGUGCGUUUUAUUUAUUAAACAGUAACUUGGCCGACUUUUCUGGAUCUAGACGAUUUCGUUAUAGGUAAUGAUGAAAUUACCUAGCACUUACGCCGCCGCUAAGACGUUCCUGUACCGACUUGUACGUCAUCCGCAUCCGCAUUAAGCUCCGCAUCGAUUUUAUGCGGAUGCGGAUGCGAAUUUUGGAAAUAAUGCGAAAGUUCCGCGGUUGCGGAUGCGGAUGCGAAUAUUCGCAACAUCCCUGCAUUGAACCCCGUCAUCAUCGGCGAGACAGCAAUAUAAUUACUCGCGUGCGAUAAGAUACGAACAGGCGGAGCAAUGUACGAAAUUCCUUGUGCUAUGCGUCCUUUCUUUAGCAAUAGAUUAAUGACAUCAGUAGACUUAUCUAUAUAAUUUCUUAAGUACGCCAAUAGUCAGACUAACUGCAACUACUUUAAACCGACAGAGUAUGGAGGCACCUCUACGAGUAUAACACAACAGUCAAAUUGCCAUGAAAAUUUGUGACACUCCUCACUUUGCCUCUAUAAAAUCGGUGCAGAGUUUGCUUAGACGGACUAAGUAUUUCAAUUAAUGUAAUUUUACUAUGUAUAUAUUAAGAUUCUACCAGAGUGAAUAAAAAACUAGAUGCUUGUGGUACAGUAGUAAAAUUGGACAGAUUGUCUGUAUUAAUCCUAGUAUUUCUGAUGUCUCGUACCUAUAUAGGUAUGAUCGCUAUAGGCCUAUUCAAUACAUGUACCAGUGACGCUUUAACCUCUAAACCUCUCUAAAUCUUAAGUAAGUAGCAUAUUAUAAAAACUUGAAUAACUACGUAUGUUAUUUUGAGGGGUCUCUAUUGUUUCCCAAAUAGUUUUAAGUCAUAAUGUAUUGUUUGUCCGAAUUUUCGUUGGUCAUAAUUGGUUUUUUCUCAGAAACGAGUAACUUUUCAGGAUUAACAUAAAACAAACCUAACCUAACCUAUCUAUAGAAUAACCUUACGAAAGUCCUGAAAAGUUAACGGUUUCAGUUUUAUGACUAACGAUAAUAUGACAAACAAAACAUAAGUUAAAACUUUAUGGGAAACAAAGGGAACCCUAUUUUCAUAUCUAUUUUGGGAAAGUGCGUUUAAUAUUUGGAAUUACUAAAGAUUUUAUUUUGAUCUGCAGAGAAAAAUGUCUAAAGGUAAAACCUGUGCAUGAUAUUUUAAUUAAAAUGUAUAGCCUGACCAGGAAUAUAAUUAAAAUCACGCGCCAUGUUGCGGAAUUUCACUGGAACUAUUUUUUACUUACUAGGUAUACUGAACUGUUACCCUAUACAUGAGAAUAACAGCGCCCUCUUGGCAAUGAUCAAUUGAUCAUAUAUUACUAGUCAGGCAUUAAACGCCAUCGUCGACAAGGAAAUACCGAUUUACGAAGUUUUCCAUUAGGCAUUUUUCACGGAGGAUUUUUUUUUCGAAAAUAUAAACCUCACGCUGUAGUUUGUCUGUCUUUAGGAUUUUCAUUAAUAAACGUUUUUUUUUAACUGCCUACCUAUUUCGUACGUAGUUAUUUAUAUUUUCCAAAUUUUGCUACAUAAGAGUAAAAUGCAUCUUCACAAGCCUCCAUACCAUACAUUCGACCCAUCACCUAUUCUGUAAGUUGAAACGUACCAUCGACAUCAAAUAUGUAUACAUUUUUCGCCUAAUACCAACGAUAUAAAGCUCAAAAUUGUAUGCAUAUUUUUGAGAUCAUUUUCCAUUUUCAUUUGAAGUGCCUGUGUUAUUAAAGGAUUGUAGAGAUCCGAGCACUGACGUGAUAUGUCGAGCCGAUAGUCUCAUUAAUUUAAAUAUGUACCCAAUACCAAUAAAUAUACAUUUCUAAAUAUGUA